GCCUCGCUAACUUCCCCAGUGAAAGCGGUUCGGCGUCGGGGCGGCGGGGGACGCUCCGCUUGGGCACCGGGAGCUCGCGGGGCGGCGGGGGAAGGGUUGCCAGGAUGAACGGUCUCUCGCUCAGCGAGCUCUGCUGCCUCUUCUGCUGCCCGCCCUGCCCCAGCCGCAUCGCCGCCAAGCUGGCCUUCCUGCCCCCCGAGGCCACGUACGCGGCGGUGGCCGACGAGUCGGGCAGCCGCUGGAGCCUGCGCUUCACCGAGCGGGCCGAGUGGCAGUACGGCCAGAGGGAGCUCGACUGCACCGACAUCUUCCUCAUCCGCACCAGCCGAGGGAACAGGAUCGCCUGCAUGUUCAUCAGAUGCUCCCCGAGCGCCAGGUUCACUCUUCUCUUCUCCCAUGGGAAUGCAGUAGAUUUGGGUCAGAUGAGCAGCUUCUACAUUGGUCUAGGCACCAGAAUCAACUGUAACAUCUUCUCCUAUGACUACUCAGGGUAUGGAGUCAGCAAUGGAAAACCUUCAGAGAAGAACCUGUAUGCUGACAUUGACGCUGCAUGGCAGGCAUUGAGGACCAGAUAUGGAAUCAGUCCUGAAAACAUUAUAUUGUAUGGGCAGAGUAUUGGUACCGUUCCGACUGUAGACUUGGCUUCCCGGUAUGAGUGUGCUGCCGUUAUUCUGCACUCUCCUCUGACCUCAGGAAUGCGGGUGGCAUUCCCAGACACAAAGAAAACAUACUGCUUUGAUGCAUUCCCCAACAUUGAUAAAAUCUCCAAAAUCACAUCUCCUGUGUUGAUCAUCCAUGGCACUGAGGAUGAGGUGAUCGAUUUCUCUCAUGGCUUAGCAUUGUAUGAGCGCUGCAUGAAAGCAGUGGAGCCACUGUGGGUGGAGGGGGCUGGUCACAAUGACAUUGAACUGUACAGUCAGUACCUGGAACGGCUCCGAAAGUUUAUCUCAUAUGAACUGGUAAAUGUGCAACGGAAUUGAAUGGAACCAAGAACAAACAUUUUGGAAAGUCUAUUUUUUCAGGAGAACUUUGGAUAGCAUCGAAAAUACAAACACAACCAUGAUGUUUUUUUUUAAUUCACGUUGGGUGCUAGUGCAGGUAAAACAUAGAAGACAGAUGUGAUGCAGCAAUUAGCCUUGAGAGUAUUGCUAAUUACCCUAAACCCAAGUAAAUUGUUAAUUUUCUAUUUGUAUAAAAAUUUGUAGGGAUGAAAGCAGAAUAAAGUGGAACUUGUCCCUUUAAGAGGCAGGCUACCUUAUGUAAUCUGUUUGGUCAUCUUGGCUAAAAGAGGAAGAGUACUAUAGUGUAUUUUUAAAAUUUCAUCUUUUCAAAUUCUGGUGUCAUCCUUGGGUAGCAGUUUUAAGGUGGUGAUAAUCUCAUUCAGAAAGGGUAAAAAAAUUGGCAAAAAAGACCAAAGUAACUGCAUUGCAAGGUUCUGCCCUUUAAAGAGACAAGACUCCACACUAUUUCCUCAUCCUUUAAUACUGAGAAUGUUGAUCUGUCAUAUUGAUAUCAGCUUGUGAUGUAUCAUAGCCCUUCCCAUACUCCUAUAUGAGCUGCCAUCUCUUGGCUCCAUUUAAACAUACACUGAGGGAUAUGGAGGACUUUGGGAUAUUCUAUACCGUCAGCAAGUCACAGGUAUUAAAUUGUUUAACCUAUGGCUUAUUGGUAGCACAUGUUAGAAAUGGUACAACUGAGCACCAUAGAAUUGAAUCUUUGUUGGAAAAGAAUGCCUGAGACAAUAAUCAAUGAGAGCGUGAUUGUAAAAGAACCAACCUGGGGGAGAUGUUUUAUGUAAGAAAAAAAAAUUGCUGAAAUUUAUUUUAUAAACGUGGUUUAGUUUAAGGUUGUGAAUGUAAAGUGAGUUUAGUAGCCAGCUCAGUGUACCAAAAUCUUAAACUUGGUGUUCGUGCAUUACUCCUGCCAUUCCCGCAGCCAGUGAGUCCGGAUCUUUCAGUGUUCAUUGGGAUGCAUUUGCAGAUGUCUGCAAUAGCAGAAUCUGCCAAAUUGCAACCCAGUGGUGCCUUUCACAGCACAGAUUUGGUGCUUUUGAGAUUGUUUAGGGCACUGAACUAUCCCUCAGCUGUUUGGCUGCAACUUGGUAGAUCCAUUGAAGUUUAAGUGUAGCUGCUUGUGGCCUGCAUUUUGUAUUGUAAGCUGUCCAGAGCAAUCAAGAUUAAAUGGAUUCUGAAAUCCAUCUCUAAGAAACUUUCCUCGAUGGUUCAGUGUGGAUAACUGUGCUGCACAGUGUGAAACUGAGCCAUACAGACUAGGGGGUCCUAGGUCUAAGUCUUGAGUUUGUGCUGAGUUAGCUGAUCUCAGCUGAGGUAGAGGAGCUAGAAAUCUCACUGUCCCUGGGCAAAGGAAAGAAGAAAAAAAAUCAGCUAGGUCUUCCACUCCUGAUUGCUAUCCAGUGACUGCUGCUGGUUAUUGUGUGCAUGUUGUUGGUGUUGGGUGAGAACAGGAUCAGGCUUGACUACGAUUUCCAACUUGCCUCUUUUUUCCCCUGUCCCAACAAGGUCAGCACUUGCAUUCUAGGCUCACAAGGGAUGAAUGUUCACAAGGGAUGAAUGUUCUGUUGGAUGAGGUGAGGGCAGCCAGUGCAUGUGGAACUGACCCAGCAUGAGGCGGGUACUUUCAGGAGAGGAAAGGAGAAAACUGGAGGGCAAAAACAAAAAUCCAUCUCAUAUUUACUGACACCCAGCAAGUUUGACGUUCAAUACAUUCUUCUGCAAGGUCACCAGAAUGGUAAGCAUGGCCGUAAUAUAAUCAACAUAAUGAUUAUCUGUAAGGGUGUGCAGUAAAUCACGAUUUCAAAUUCACACUACCGCUUUUUCUAUUGUGUUAAAUGAACCUUUUUGUUAUUUUCACAAUCUGCAAACACUAGGACCUGGAGCUAAUGAAUAAAGCUGGUAUUUCACUAAUUUAUAAAUAUCAGCAAUUAGUAGGAUUGAAUACUCUUUUUUUAAUGUUUGGAACUGCUAAGAAAUUGGAGAAGAAAGGUCCAGUACCCAAAAUUACAUGGAGCCCAGCAUCCCUAUACAAUCCAGGAAAAGUACUAGAUUUGAUUCCCAGUCUAGGCCAAGGCAGCUUUUAUAGUGCCAUUGGGUUAACAAAGGGGGGAAAAAAUCAGCCUUCUCUUGGUCAUUAUCCAAUUAUAUUUGCUAGAAGGUGGACACAUGUGGACUUUGAGGAUAGCAUCAGGCUAGGUUGUGGUGCUGCCCACAGUUGAAUAGCCUGAAGAAGUUCCUCCUUUGGUAUCUGAACCACGUUUGCGAACCUAGAGUAUAAUUGGUGCUGGUGAUAUGGAAUUCCAUGCUUGCUUGGCGUCUGCAGGAAGGGAGGGAACAAUUGGACAAUGGGAAAGAAAAUUGUCAAAUUUAAUGAGAAUGCAUACAGACUAGAAAUUGUUUGUGAUAUUAGCAAACAAGCACUUAAUGCAUUAGCAGGACAUUCCUCGGUCCGCUGUUUUAAUUAAUUGGUUUGUUUUAACAUCUCUGUUAAAAUAGCAGCCAGAAAAUCAUUACAAACCCAUUAAGCUUUUGCAUGCUAAUAUCACAAACUAAUUUCUAGGCUUAAGUUAGGGCCCAUGAUUAAUUUCUUAGUUCUGGGCUUUAAUGCUCUUUGUACCCUGCAGGUGUUCAUAUUUUUAAUGCCUCCAUAAUAUGUGCAUGAUGAUUAUAAAUGUGGAUAUGCCCAUUAUCAGAUGAUAGAAAUCAUUUAAAUAGGACAUUGGUUCUAAGGUAAAGAUGUAUUUUUUAAUUAUAAUUCUUAUUGCACAUCUCUAAAUCUUUACAUUAAAUUAGUAGUUAACAGGUGAUGGAGAAAUGAAGGGAUAAGAAUCCCAAUGUCUCACUCCCUGGUGAGAGCUGGGACUGUGUAUCUCAAAAAUGGACAAUCACAGAUUGAGAGUCUGCAGUUUUGCUAUGUGCAUUCCCAGAACUUGCUCAGAAGUGGUGCAAUUUAGACGUUUCACCCCUAAAAUAAUACCUUUUAAUGUUGAAUAGAUAAUAGACAUGCAAAGGUAAAAUGGUGCAAUCGUCAGAAGUGGUAAAAUGGGAACCAAACAGGGUGGGGUUGAAUGUAAAUGUUAACCAGCCAUGUUAAAGUACUUUUGGUCACGACAUGUCAUUUUCCCUUUAUGCCACUGGAUUGUUCUCUAUUUUGAAGCAAUUAUUGUUUGCAACAAUGACAAAAAAAAUUCUUUAUUGCAACAUUAUAUUAAAUGUAUUUAACUGAAAAUUUAAAAACAAA